AUGGCGUACCUUGUGCGGCCGCCCCUCGUCCCGGAGCCGCCCUCGGGUUCCGCGCCCCACAAGAGACGCGUCCCCGACAACGACGACGACCUCUACCGCGAGGCCGUGAACUUCGCCGACGUGGAGCGGCUUCUUCUUGCGGGUGCGGGCGAAACGGGCUUUAAACUCAUCGCGCAGGACGCCGCCUGCGGCAUCUCCCUCCACAGCCGCCCCGUUGAGGAGUGCCCCAUGCACCUCAUGCGCGCGGAGGUGGGGCUGCCGUGCCGACCCGCUGAGGUGCUGGCAUACCUUAACGUCUCCACGCGACGACGGUGGGACAGGCACAUCGCGGAGCUAAGCGCUGUGCGGACCCUUCCGCGCCCGGGCCGGGACGCAGUGGACGCCGCCGUUGUGGAUGUCGACAGUGUGACGGAGCUCCAGCUGUUGCCUGGGCAGAGGCGGGUGGCGUUGUACUACAUGGCGGUGCGUACCCCCAUCCCACUCGUGCAGAACAGAGACUUUGAGCUUGUGGUGGCGGAGGAGGUGCGCCGGGACGGAACGGUGUGGGUCAAGGCCUUUUCUACGCCACUCGGAUACGUGGAGCCGCUCGACCCCCGCCAGUCCGUUUACGUGCGGGCGCUUAUGCUAUUUUCAGGCAUUCUGGCGCGGCCGGUCCCUAACUCGAAGGGCAACACGGAGUGCCACGUCAGCUACGUCGCCCUUGUGCAUCCCAUGGGCCUCAUCCCCUCCGUCGUGGUCAACCUCGUGCUGGGCGCUCAGCUGAGCGCCCUUCGGAGGCUACAGCGCUUCAUUCGCCGGCAUCCACUUUCCACACUUGCCGCGGAGAUCACGGCAAGCGAGGCGAGACGUGGCAACGCCGCUGCUCGGCCGGAGGCGACGGAGCAACCGGCUGGGCAGAGUGCCGGGGUGGUGGGGCGGGCGGGAGAGGCCGGCAGUGCUGGCGGCAGCGGGAGCGAGGCUGAGGCGGCAAGAGGCCAAACAACCUCCGAGGUGCGACGGAGGCUUGCGGCACUCAGGGCACGCGUGAGGCGCAAGCUGCCGUCCAUGUUGUAG